GCGCCGCGCCAGCUCAGCUCUUUCGUCUCGUCUCGCCUCUCCUCUCCCCUCCCCUCCCCAGUCCCCUCCGGCGAUCGGCCGCCCCGGACGCUAGAUCCCGAUGGCCUCGCGCCGGCGCACCCUCCUCAAGGUCAUCAUCCUCGGCGACAGCGGGGUUGGGAAGACCUCCUUGAUGAACCAAUAUGUCAACAAGAAGUUCAGCAACCAGUACAAGGCUACGAUCGGCGCCGAUUUCCUCACCAAGGAGGUGCAGUUCGAGGACAGGCUCUUCACUCUACAAAUAUGGGAUACAGCUGGCCAGGAAAGGUUUCAAAGUCUAGGUGUUGCAUUCUACCGUGGAGCAGAUUGCUGCGUUCUAGUUUAUGAUGUUAAUUCCAUGAAAUCGUUUGAUAAUCUGAACAACUGGCGCGAAGAAUUUCUAAUUCAGGCUAGCCCAUCAGACCCUGAUAACUUCCCUUUUGUUCUUCUGGGUAACAAAGUAGAUAUAGAUGGUGGAAACAGCCGUGUGGUCUCUGAGAAGAAGGCGAAAGCAUGGUGUGCCUCGAAAGGGAACAUCCCAUACUUCGAGACUUCUGCCAAGGACGGAUUAAAUGUGGAAGAGGCUUUCCAGUGUAUAGUAAAGAAUGCUCUGAAGAAUGAACCAGAGGAAGAGUUGUAUAUGCCGGACACCGUGGAUGUGGUGGGUGGCAACCGGGCUCAGGGAUCAUCAGGAUGCUGUUAGAACAUGAGGACCACACCUGUCAUUCUAUCCUCUUACAUUACUGUAUCUCCAUGGUGACACCAGUAUUUCAUUUGUGACCUUUUUCGAUCAUCACCUCAAAAGUACCCAAGGAAUGAUUGACGCAUCUGUUCCGAGCUGUCAAUUUGUGGAUGCUGUGUAGUUUAUCAUGAGUAGCGUUAUAUCUUGUGAAUACAGUCGGCGAAAUAAGCGAAGUGUAAACUACAGUGCCUUCAUUGUGGUUUUGUGUGAAAGAAACUUGAAUUUGUUCUG